AUGUGUGAUGUAAUUGAAUUAGAUGGCGAAGAAGUAGCAAAUGAAAAUGUAGAGACAGAAUAUGUUGAUGUUACUGAAGAAACCAAUCAUCUUUCAUCAUCAAUUGAACAGGAGUCAACAGUCUCUAAAGCAAAGACUGAUUCAAAUGUAAACUGUGAUAAACCUCGAGAUGCUCAAAACAUAGAUAGUAGCACAAUUUCUAAAGCCAAUGAGUUAGAUAAAUUUAAAAGGAGGCUAAUUAGAGUCAUUGCAAGAUCUUUGCUAGUUGAAAAGAAACCAGAAGAAGAGAUUUGGAAAGAACUAAAGAAGGAGACUGCGUGUGAUUGUAAAUUAUUAUGGACUCGAAUGCGAGCGGUCACUGUGAAGAAAUUAAGGAGGCUGUUUGUGGCCGAAGAUAAAUUAGAUAAUAUUACGAAAAUCGCUCAGCUAUCUAUAACAGACUGGUUGCUGUUUGAUCUCGUCUUAGUGCAUGAGAAAGUAGACGUUAUAGGCCAGGAGGAGCCAGAUAUUAAUAAAAACCAGAAAGAUGCUAAGAUUUUGGAAGAAUUGUUCCAAUUAGUUGUGAAACAUAAAAUAGAGUAUUUGGAAAGUGACGCGCUCACCAGAGCUUGGUAUGAUCUGACACAGGAAUAUAAUCGCUGUGGUCGGAAGUGCUCGCCGAUGCUGUUGCAGCGCCGCUGGUUUCAGUUGAAAGAACUUGUUUGGUACAACUUCUAUAACUUCUGGUUCUCCUACCACGGGGACGCAAGGCGGCUGAAAGAAGCGUCUCACUACAAACCCACAAGCUUACAAAGAGAAAUAAUAAAAUGCUUCAACAAGAUUGUCACACAACAGUUUCCUUCUUGGGAGCAGUUGAUAAAAGAAAAAAAAGUAUCUCUCCCUGCAGAUUUUGAACGUCUGCAACUAUCCAAAAAGAAACGAAAGUUUACAGAAAAUGAACCUGACCUCGUGGUCAUCGAACCUCAUGUAGAAACAAUUGAUUUAAGACUUGAAUCUGAUUCAGAAUCGAAACAUGAAGAUUCUAAUAAUGAAUCCGAUUCAAAUGAACCUGAUGAAAAAGCUAUAAAAAGUCAGCUAAAUUUAACUAUCGUGAAAACUGAAACAAUCAACGACGUGAGCGAUGAAAAUGAUAUUAGUCUACUAGAAUCUGUGCAUAUACCGCUAGAAUCUUUAGAAUCUACAGUGACUAGGCAGGAUCAAUCAUCAAUUAAUGAUAACGUGAACAUAUCAAAUGACGUCAGAGACACAGUUACCCAUACAAUCGAUGAUGAAGCAAGAGGUAAUAGCGAAUCAAAUCAAUCAAAUGAAUUUUUUAGUACAGAUGAAGGAGAUGAUAUGCAAAAUGAAGAUUUAUGUGAAAAAAGUAAAGAUUUAAUAGAAAAUAUUGAACAUUCUCAUAACAAUGAUGAGCAUUUGGAAAAUGUUGACAAAAUUUAUGAUAAUGAUGACCUAGUGAUAAGUGAUGAUGCCUAUUCAAACUCAAAAAAAUUAAAAGAAUUUAACAAAAAAGAAACUGAACAGCUGGGUAUUAGAAAAUUGGUAAGGCCAACAAUAACACAUAAUGCUGUUGAAAAUAAAAUAACCAUUGAUGAUGACACUCCUGAUGAAAUUAACGACAUAUUAGAGGGAGUCGUUGAGAGAAUUACUAAGAAUAAACUCCAUAGAGAUUCAGCAGGAGAUACAAUUACGCUAGAUGUGGCUAAAGCAAACUUAUUAUCUAAUAUUAAGGAAGAAUCAACUUUUUUGGAAAACAAUGGUGGUGUAAAAACAGAAAAUGGGGUUUUGAAUGAUGCAAUAUCUAUAGAUGGUCUCGAAUUGGAAGAUGACGGCAUCGAAUAUGUUGAAGACGAAGAAGAUAUGACAGUAAGAGUUAUUAAAACAAAAAUUCCAGAAGAAAAUGAAGAGAGUGACAUGGAAGACCACAAAAGAGAUAAUGCUCCUAAAAUUGAUCUUAAACUAUUACUUAAUCCGGUCGUUUAUACAAAAAGACUUGAUGACAUGGAUGUGUUUCGUUUUAUAGACUACGAAUCAGUAAAAGAUGGACGCAUUAUUAAAAACGCUAUGCUUGAAAGUUCACCUGUAGAUAAAAAGUCAAUAAACAUGGAAGAUAUAUCAGAAGAAUGUCAGAAGGCAUGCGAAAAUGAUAGUUCUAGUGAUGAGUCAUUGAAUUCAUAUGAUUGUCAACAUAGAAUCAGUUCUAAAAGUUGGUACUUUCAAAAGCCUAAAAUUGUUUCAUAUAAUCCAAUACAACUUUGUAAGAACCCAGACUUCAAUACGCGCUUGAAAAGAUUGACCGCAGGAUUUUUCAGCUCUGAGCGAAAUAGGCGAUUACUUCAAGAAUGUAAGCCAAUAACAAUAGAUGUGCACAAAUCGUUUGAAAUCAAACUAAGUAGUAAUAGUUUGUUAGUAGAGGAAUUUCCGUUUAAAGAAACUGACCAAAGAGAAUCCAUAAAAACAUUAGAUGAAACUGUAAUACCAUCGCUUCCAGUAAAAACCUUUGGAGAAACUCGUAUACCGUCGCCCGUAUCAUUUAAUAGCUCAAAUAAUACAGAAAACAUCUUGCCUAAUACAGAGAACGUCUUGCCUAAUACAGAACUAUUAAAGAACCUUUUACCAAAAACAACUAUAUCUAAUCGUAGUCACACAGUGGAACCAAGUAUUGAAAGGAAUAAAGUUAUUAAUUUACCAGAUAUUAACCAAAUUCGGCGUGCAAAUGAAAAGUUAUUGAUUGCAGAAGUUACUCCAAUCCAAUGUAAAGGUGAUAAAAAAGCACCCGUUGAAAUAAUUCAAAAGAAAGUUAAUAACACUGACGAUAAUAGUGUUAGUAUUAACAACAAACCUGAAAUUUCACAACCCGAUUUAGUCAAAUUAAAUGACAAUACAAAUGCGCUUAACAAACUAUUAAAUAACGGUGAGGUUAGUGACGCACCAAAGUCACAGCCUGUCUUAGAGGAAAAUACCAAUAAAAAUGAAACUCCUGGAAAACUUGGUGUUCAAAUUCAAGAAAAACGUGGUGGAAAAGAAAAAGGUUUUAAACUAAAAAAAAUAAUUAAAAAGAAAGUAGCUCCACCGCCGCCACCACCUACAGCAAUAACACCACAACCUAAGAUCCCAGAAUUCGUAAGAAAAGGAACGCCGACUGACCGACUUUUAGCAAUGGACACAGUAGAAAGAAUAUUAAGUGUUUGUCAAGGCGAAAUAAUUCCUAAAAAGAAAAAAAAUAAUAAAAAAAAAACUAGUGAAAAAGAAAAAGAUGAAGUGGCAAAGUCCGAAGGCCAGUCUGCUUCUGAAAAGCCAAUUAUUAUAAAAGAUGUAACUGAUGUACUUGUUGAACAGUGUAUUAAAAAUACAACAAGCGGCGUUGCGCCUCAUAAGGAUGAGUCUGAAAAACAAGAUAACCAACCGCAACUGAAAAAGACUAUAAGAAUAGUUAGAAAAAGAAAUGGAUAUUGUUGUUGGGCUAGUAGACAAAUGAAAUGUCUCAAAGUAAAAGGAUUACGUUCUCGUCCACAUACAUGCCCCAAAUCGAAAUGUACAUGCUGUUGCCAAAAGGAGUAUAAAAAUACACUACAAAGAAAAAAACGUGAAAAGUAUUACUCGAAAAUAGAUGAUUUAAUAGACCUAGAUUCUGACGGAGAAAAAGAUGCACACCAAAACACAAAACUCGCGAUGGUGACGAAAGAAAUCAAUACUGAUUAUGAUCCAGAGCUUAGACUGAAUUUAUUAAAAGCGAGAAAAACGUGUCAUAAGAUUAAUGAAAACAUAGAAACAUCUAAUAAAUGUAAUUCAAUAAACAAAUCAAAGAACAAUGAACCCCAAACAUCAGUAUUGACUAAGGAAAUAACUCAUCCAGAGGAUAGUUUCACAGAAGGACUGAAUCCUAUUAUUACGAAUGUACAAAGCUUAUCGCAACCCCUAACAAGGACUUUACCACCACAAGACAAAAACAAUACUAAUAAAAUGAAAUGUAAAACAAAUGUAGUAUUCUCUCCGGGUCCCGCUUAUUUAACUUCACCCAAUAAAUCAACAAAGCCCAUUCCAGAAACCCUGAAGAAUGUUAAAUUGUUAACUCCCGACAAUAAAGUUUAUGUAAUGAAUGAUAAAUCGAAAGAUACAAUACCUCAAAGUCCUAUAUCUUUAGGUAAAAAUAAAAUAUUACUGUGUUCAGUAAAACCUAUAGAGGAAGUUGACAGCUCCAUAGAAGACCAAAUUGUCCUACCUCAAAUUACGAAUCAUAACUUGUUACCACCGGGCGUACAUUUAACUUUAAUGCCAAACAAUGAAUUAGCGCUUUCUAUUGAUUCGGGUGUGGAAUUAGAUACCACUCAGUUAGCUAAUUUACCAGCGAUAAUAGCUUCUGUUCAACAAGAGUUUAAUAGUGCACAAGGCAAUUCUGUGAUUGAAGAUUUAACCAACAAUUAUUCUAAUACUGCUGUAGAAGCUGAUAAUUUAGUUACAUUAUUAAAUGAAGAAUCUUUUAACGUAAAACCGAGUGAUGAAAAUCCAAAUCUGGAUAAUAUCAAUGUAAGUGUGGAAACCAGUGAUGCAGGAGAUAAUAUGAAAAUCGAUGUUUUUGGUACGCUAGAUGGCUCUGAUUUAGUGGCAUCUGUUGUUGAAUGUGUUACUGAGUCUAGAGAGUCUAUAGAGGAAGUAAAAAAUGCAGAAGUUAAUGAAAAUGUUAUUUCAAUCGAUGACUCUACUUCAGUACUUGAAGUACAAAAUGUUAUUUCAAUCGAUGACUCUACUUCAGUACUUGAAGUACAGUCGGAUUCUAAGCAACUAAUAAAUAAUGAUAAACCUACAAAUCUAAAUAAAAAAAAUGAACAUAAUGUAGUUAGUAAAACCAUACAGGAUUCAGCAAAAAAAACUAUAUUGUCAGACUUAAUGGAAAUGUCCGGUAUUUCAGUUGAAGAUACGUCUAUCGCAAGUAUGGAAAAGAAUUCUGUAAGAGAUAAUACAGAAACAGAAAUUAUGGAAACCCAACCUUUACUUGCCCCAAAAGUAAAAGAUUUACUAUCAAUAAAACCUGAUAGCGUAAUCAAUAACGUUCUUACUAACACAGUUAGUAAUAAAUCUGUUGAUAAGGCAAUAUGUCCAGAACUAAACAUAAUUACUUCGUUCCAAGAACUAAAAUAUGCUUACGAAAAUAAUGGGCAAUUUUAUAAAAUGGAUAUCGAUACUGGAAAAAUCAUACCUAUAAAUGUUCAAAUCAAAAAAAAACUAGUUCCAAAAUUGAAACGUAGUUCCAAAAUAUUACCUGAAAUGGUGAUCGAUCUAACCGACGAUAGCGAAAAAGAAGAGCAGGCAAUUACUAUGAACAAUCCAGAACAACCAAAAAUAACAAUAGAACCACCGAAAGCCGUAAAGCCCGUUAGAUUGAUUAAAGCUAUCCAUCCAGCAAUAUUGAAACGUAGUGGCAAAAGUAUAUUAAUAAAACACAACGAAGGUGAACCUAAUGCAAAAUAUAAAAAGAAAAAUGUAAUUCAUUUCAUUAAACGAAAACGGAAGCAAGAUAUAGAAAUAAACAAUGUCGAAUCACCAGGUGAAGUUGCGAACGAAAAGGAAAUAGCAAACAUUAGCGAGACUGUCCAAAUAAUCCCACAUUCCGGCAGCGAAUCUGAUGAUGAACCAUUAGCUUUUAAAGCUAAGAGGAGGAAAGGGAAUGAUCAAAUUGAAGCUAUAGAGGAACUUGAAGAUAAUGCUCAAGAAGAAAAGCCAUGCGGAGACCAAAUAACUGUUGAUAAUCCUUCAAAAGACGAUGUCAACACUGAAGAGCCUAUAGAGCACUCAAUGAACACUAUACUAGAGCCAGUUGCAUUUAACGAUAGUUCAGAUGAAGAUUGUAUAUUAGGGGUA